AUGACUAACUUUCUCAAAGUCGACGGCGCGCACAUCGUGCGCGACGGCCACCCGCUCGUGCUGAAGGGCGCCGCCCUCGGCGGCUGGAGCUAUCCGGGCCACGAGCACCAAGUCCGGCGCGAGCUGCUCAAAGUCCUCGGGGAGGAGAAGUACGCCUUCUUCUUCGACAAGUUCCUCGAGUACUUCUUCACGGACGCCGACGCCGCGUUCUUCGCGGCCCUCGGGCUCAACUGCGUCCGGCUGCCCGUCAACUACCGGCACUUCGAGGACGACAUGGCGCCGGGCGUGUUCAAGACGGAGGGGUUCAAGCACCUCGACCGCGUGGUGGAUAUCUGUGCCAAGCACGGGAUAUACACUGUCAUCGAUCUACAUGCUGCGCCGGGCGCGCAGAACGUCGACUGGCACUCGGACGGAGGCAGCAACCAAGCGCUGUUCUGGGUACACAAAGACUUCCAAGACCGCACGGUGGCGAUCUGGGAGCACAUCGCCCGGCAUUACCGCGACAACGCGUGGGUCGCGGGCUACAACCCCCUGAACGAGCCGACGGACGAGGAGCACACGCGCCUCCCGGCGUUCUACGCGCGCAUCGAAGCCGCGAUCCGCGCCGUCGACCCGCACCACAUCCUGUUCCUCGACGGCAACACGUUCGGGAUGGACUUCAGCGCGUUCGGUCCGCCCCUCCCGAACUGCGUGUACGCGUGCCACGACUACUCGAACUACGGGUUCCCGAACCCGCCGGCAGCGUUCACGGGGAGCGCGGAGCAGGUCGCGUACCAUGAGCGCCACUUUGCGCGGAAGACCGAGUAUAUGCGGCGCGUGGGCGGGCCGGUGUGGAACGGCGAGUUUGGGCCCGUGUACCAGCAGCCCUCGGACGGUAUUCCGGAGUGGGAGGAGAUUAACGAGACGCGUUACGCCGUCCUCGAGUGCCAAUUGGGGAUUUACGCCAAGUCGCACACGUCCUGGAGUAUUUGGUUGUACAAGGACAUCGGGUUCCAGGGCAUGGUCUACGUGAACCCAGACAGCGCAUACAUCAGGCUGGUCGAGCCGUUCCUCAAGAAAAAGCGGGCUCUCGCGCUCGACGCCUGGGGGUGCGACGACACGCCCGUUCGCGCAAUCUUCGAUCCAAUGGCCGAGUGGCUGCGCAAAGCCGCUCCCUCAAUCGACACGCGAUACCCCCCCACCUGGCGGGCCGAGAAGCACCUCUUCCGCAUCGUGCGUAACUGCCUGCUCUCGGACGAGCUGUGCGCCGAGUACGCAUCGUAUUUUGCGGGCAAAAGCGAGGCCGAGCUCGACGAGAUCGCGCGCAGCUUUGCGUUCGAGAAUUGCGUCAAGCGCGAGCGCCUGAAUCAGAUUCUGCAGGCGGACGCAGCGCGUGAGGUGUAGGCG